AUGGCAAGCGGUGAAUACGGCGGUGGUCGCACGGACAGGCUUCAGGCGGCAACGGGCGGUGGUCAGCGACAAGGCAUGGCGCCAGUGGUCAGCGGCAGGGCAGCCAUGCGUGGUACCGCGACGGCAAAGGGCGGCGGCAGUUGGUCCAGCGCAGGCGGCGCCGGGCGGUUCCGACGGCAGAGCGGCGCGGGGUUCGGUGGCGGCGGCGGUCCGUGCGGUGGUCGGCGGCAGGUGGAGCGGCGGCCGGGCGGUUGUCGACGGCAGGAGCGGCAGCCGGCGGUGGGUCCGCGACAGGGCGGUGGUGCUAGAGCUCUUGAAGCUCAGAGCUCUCUCAUUCUCAAGCCAAAGGUCCCCUCUGUAGAGGUGGUCUUAUUAUAG